AUGUUUUCCCUGUUAGUCCUACCACAUGACGGAGAGCUUAGCAACAAGGAAUUCGUCAGUGUGAUGAAGAACCGGCUCCUGCGAGGGCUAGACAAACCAAUGGACACCGGCUUUGUUCGUUUCAUCAAUUCUAUUUUUCAUUGUGGCAAGGAGCAGCUACAAUCUAGUACUCUGAACUUUUUCUUCUCGAAUCUGCGUCCUGCUAACGACUUGCCUGAUCUACUUCUUUUCUUUUUCACCAUCAUAUCGAUGCUUGGCUCUUCUUUCCAUAUUUUUAUCACCUUUUCAUCCUCCAAUAUCCACGCAACCCUCUUGGUUCUCAAGCCGUCACUUCUUGUAAUGCUAGAAAGGGAUCCCAACUGCUUUAUCACGAUAUUAUCACGACGUCCUUGA